AUGGAAGACGAAGACGUUGCAAUUUGUCUGCUACUCAGUCUUCCGAAGAGCUACGAAAAUGUGGUGCUCAACAUGGAAAUGAGCAGCACCGAGCUUCGCACUCAAGAUGUGGUGAGAGUCCUGACGAAUGAGCAUGCCAAGCGUCAAGGAGAAAAAGGGACAACGACAGCGACUACGGUGAAGGCUGAAGAUGCAAGCAAGGCAUUCAGCGCCGAGCGUGAGCCCUACCAAUGCACGUAUUGUGGCAAGGUGGUCCACACGGUGGAUCGUUGCUGGACAAAGCAGAAGAACGAAGGCAAUGGCUACGAUCGAGUGGCGUUUGCAGUCUCGUUCGAAUGUGGAGUUUCGACGAGCAAGGACGUGUCUGGAAUGUGGGCCGUCGACAGUGGUGCAACGCACCACAUUUGCCACGACAAGACCAAGUUCGCAAGUUUGGCAGAGCGCAAUGAGGGCGAACUCUUGGUGGCUGAUGGCAACAAGGUGGCCAUCAAGGGUGUGGGAACCAUCAUGGAAAAGGUGGUUCUGCCCAACGGUGAAGAGCGUGAGAUCGAAAUCAAGAACGCGCUAUAUGUUCCAAGUAUGAGCAAGAACCUGCUCUCGGUGCCACAGAUUAACAGCCAUGGCAAGUUUCAAGUCGUGUUUGACGGGUCCAAGAUGUAUGUAACUCUCAAGAACUCACAGCAAGUGGUGGCGACAGCGGAUCUCGUGGAUGGACUCUACUGGCUUCGGACGACUCAACGAUCAGCGAAUGUGACAACAAGUGGAACCAGUUGUGCCGAUCUACAUGCGAGAAUGGGUCAUGCUCCAGUCGAUGUACUUCGCAAGAUGAUCGCGACCAACAUGAUCAAGGAUGUGCGAGUCCCUCUCAAGUCGGGUGGAGCAACUACAUGUCGAGGAUGUCAACAAGGGAAAAUGGUCCAAAAACCAUUUCCAAGCAACCGAGAAAAGCGCAGCUACGAUACGUUUGAGCUACUUCAUCUGGACAUCUGCGGGCCCAUGGAAAAGGAUUCGCUCGGUGGCAGCAAAUAUUUGCUGCUGAUCAUCGACGAAGCCAGUGGAUGCAUGAACGGCUUUUGUCUACGAGUGAAGUCCGAGAGUGAAGACUACAUCCGGAAAUAUAUCACCAUGGUACAGACGCAAUUCUGUAAGAAGGUCAAGUUCGUGCGACACGACGGAGCUCGCGAGUUUGCAACCAACUCGCUUCAACUGUUCUACGAAGACGAAGGCAUUGAACAGCAAACAACGGUGCCGUAUGCACAUCAAACAAACGGAACAGCAGAGCGUGCCAUUAGGACUAUUGUCACGAUCGGCCGCAGCAUGCUUCAUCAUGCCAAACUGGACAAGUGUUUCUGGGCCGAAGCAGCAAUGACGGCCAUCUACGUCAAGAAUCGACUGCCGUCACCUAAAGUCGUGCACAAGACCCCGUUUGAGAUCGUCUACAACUUGAAACCAAGCGUCAAGCACAUGCGAACAUUCGGGUGUCAGACAUACAUACUGACGCCUAAAGAGAAUCAACUCAAGUGGGAUCCAAAGGCUCGCGCUGGCAUAUUCGUGGGCUACGAAGAAGUUUCGAAGGUGUGGCAAAGUCACUACUCAAAUUUUGCACGAGGAUCGGUGGCCACACCUUUAAAGCGCCGCUUACUGGUGGAAAAGGAUGAUGAACUUUAG